AUGAGUCAUUAUCACGGAUUGAGCCACUUGGCGGCCGCUGGUAGGAUGUGCUCGUCGGCUGACGUGGCUGCUGCUGCUGCCGCCGUGGCAUCAGCUCCCUGCUGGGAGAAGCUAACGACCGCUCCAUGGCUGCGAAACGGAGGAGGCGGCCAGUUCGUCGCGUCGCCAUCCCCAUCCCCGGCAACGUCAGCGACUGUGGCGGCGACGGCCACGGCAGCGGGGGCGGCGGCGGCGGCGGCUCUCACGGCGGGACAGGCUGCGCAGCAGCAGCAGCAGCAGCAGCAGCAGCAGCAGCGGCGGCGGAUGAUAAAGCUGCGAAUGGCGAGGCAGGCCGAGCGAGACCUGCUGGCACGACUGCAGCGCGAGGGGGAACGACAGCGAGAGCAACGCGGCCGGCCCAGCGCAGGAGAGGCCGGGGAGGAGCUCUCUUUGAAGGAGCACGCUUUGAGGGCGUUUCCGCUACAGCCUGCUACAACUGCUGCGGCUGCUGCUGCUGCUGCUGCUGCUGCUGCUGCCACUACUACUACCGCUGCUACAACUGGCCAAGGAGCCGAUACAACGGCGGAGCAGGCGCAGGUGCUGCUGAUGCCGCAACAACCAUCCCUGUCAGGUUCAGCAGCCAAGGCCAGUGCGUAUCAUCACCUCACAGGCUUGCCGCGCCACAUGGUGUUUCAAACCCUGGGCCGCACCGGUGCCUCCCGUGGGGGCUGUGUGGGCAGAGGCGACGGGGCCAGUGGCGGAGGCGGGGGGGGAGGUGGCGGCGGCAGCGGGGGGCUGCAGCGAUGGUCAUCGCUGCCUGCUGGGCGAACGAGCUUGACGGCAGAACUUUUGGAGAUGGCUCAAAUGGCUCAACUGGCGCAACUGGCACAAAUGGCCCAUCUGGGGAAGAUACCAAAGAUGGCACAGAUGCCAGAGAUGACACAGAUGGCACCGGCCAUGGCUUCUCCUCCUAAUCACCCUCAUGGUGCCGGUACCCGCAAUACGGUCCCUGCCCCUCCGCCCCUCACGCUGCCUAGCGACCUGCUCGCUUCGCGGCGCACGCUCAGUCUGCCGCCCGACUCGCUGCAAGCGGCCAUGUGGGCGGGACGGGCGGGCAAGGAGGGGGACGACAGCGCGAUGCUGCCCCAGGCAUUGCUGCUCAGCCCACAGCGAUCCCUUCCCACCUACACCACGGCCAGCAGCAAGGUUACCAGCAGCACUGUUACCAGCAUCGCCUCCACUGGUAGAAAGAAACGCUCCUCUCUAGCUUCAAAGACACAGCCGAUGCAGCAGACCACUUUCUCCACUGCUCCCACUCUUGCUGCUGUUGCUGCUGACGCUGCUGCUGCUGCUGAUGAUGAUGAUGAUGCUGAUGCUGCUGCUGCUGCUGCUGCUGCUGCUGCUGCUGCUGCUGCUGCUGCUGCUGCUGCUGCUGCUGCUGCUGCUGCUGCUGCUGCUGCUGCUGCUGCUGCUGCUGCUGCUGCUGCUGCUGCUGCUGCUGCUGCUGCUGCUGCUGCUGCUGCUGCUGCUGCUGCUGCUGCUGCUGCUGCUGCUGGUGACGAUGCUGAUGCUGCUGCUGCCGGUGAUGUUGCUAGGGUAGCAGGACGAGAGAGUGGAGGGAGCAUGGAGUGUGAUACAGAACUUAGAAUGAUGUGCUCCAGGGAGGUAGUUGCUGCUGUUGAUGCUGCUGCCGGCUGUGGAAAAUAA